CUGCAGGGGAAAGCGUUGACCGAUUCGGCUCUCGACCAACUGUGUAUCAACACCCUACGUUUCUUGGCCAUCGAUUCCGUCCAGAACGCGCGCUCGGGCCACCCCGGCGCUCCAAUGGGCGCGGCUCCAAUGGCCUACGUUCUAUGGGACCGCUUCCUCAAGCACAAUCCCACAGACCCCAAGUGGCCUGAUCGGGACCGUUUUGUCCUCUCUGCAGGCCACGCUUCUGCCAUGUUGUAUUCCCUGCUCCACCUCACCGGCUACGACCUGCCCAUCGAGGAACUGAAGCAGUUCCGGCAGUGGGGCAGCAGGACCCCGGGCCACCCCGAGUACGGUCUCACGCCCGGAGUCGAAGUCACCACCGGCCCCCUCGGCCAAGGCCUAGCCAACGCCGUAGGUAUGGCGCUCGCCGAACGUUGGCUGGCCACCCGGUUCAACCGCCCCGGGCAUGACAUUAUCGACCACUACACUUACGCCAUCGUAUCCGACGGUGACUUGCAGGAGGGCGUGGCAGCAGAGGCCGCAUCCCUUGCGGGUACGCUGGGCUUGGGCAAGCUGAUUCUGAUCUACGACGACAACCAGAUUUCCAUCGAAGGCGACACCGACAUAGCAUUCCUCGAGGACGUGCCCCGUCGCUUCACAGCCUAUGGCUGGCAGGUGACGGAAAGCAUCGACGGCAACGAUAUUGACGCAGUGGCAUCAGCCAUCGACGACGCCCGCGCCGAUACGAGCAGGCCCAGCCUCGUCGUCUGCCGCACUGUGAUCGGAUACGGCAGCCCUAACAAGGCCGGAACCGGAGGUGUUCACGGCGCACCGCUGGGGGACGAUGAGGUGGCCCUGACACGUGAGCAGCUCCACUGGCCCUAUCCCGAAAGCUUCACUGUGCCGGGAGAGGUCAGGGAGUAUCUGACCAAGGCGGUCGAGAGAGGACGUGGGCAGCAAAGCGACUGGGACAAUACGCUUUCCAGUUACCGUGAAAACUUCCCAUCGGAAGCUCUCAGGCUGCAGGACGCACUGAACGGUGCGUUGGCCCCCGGCUGGAGCAGCGGACUUUCCGGUUUGUUCGAUGACGGCAGAGCGAUCUCCACCAGGGAAGCCUCGGGUAAGGUGAUGAAUGCCAUCUCCGAUGCUGUUCCCAACCUGAUCGGCGGCUCCGCCGACCUGGCGCCGUCCACCCUCACCAUUCUGAACAGCGAAGGCCACAUCGGCCCCGGAAAUUUCGAUGGCCGCAACCUGCACUUCGGCGUCCGGGAACACGCUAUGGGAGCGGUCGCCAACGGCAUCGCCGUCCACGGGGGCGCCAUCCCCUAUGCGUCCACUUUCCUGAUCUUUUCCGAUUACCUGCGGCCCGCGUUGCGGCUCAGCGCCCUGAUGGAGCAGCGGGUGAUAUACGUCUUCACCCACGACUCCAUCGCCCUGGGGGAAGACGGGCCGACGCACCAGCCCGUGGAACAUCUGAUGUCUCUGCGCGCGAUGCCGGGGCUUGUUGUGAUCCGCCCCGCCGAUGCCACCGAGACUGCCGUCGCUUGGCAGGCCGCAUUGGAGCGGACUGAGGGGCCCACCGCUCUCGCUCUCAGCCGCCAGAACCUGCCGGUGCUGGACCGGGAAACCCUGGCGCCGGCUCACGAUGCGUCGAGAGGCGGUUACACCCUCUGGGAAUCUGAAGGCUCCGACCCGCAGGUCAUCAUCAUUGCCACCGGCGCCGAGGUCCACACAGCGCUGGAGGCGGCGCGCACGCUGGAUUCCGAAGGCAUCGCUACCCGGCUGGUGUCCAUGCCAUCCUGGGAGUUGUUCGACGAACAGCCCAAGGAAUACCGCGACGCGGUGCUGCCUCCCUCAAAUCGGACGCGCCUUUCCGUCGAAGCAGGCGCAACCAAUGGUUGGGCCCGCUACGUGGGGUUGGACGGAGCAUCCAUCGGCAUGUCCACCUUCGGCGCUUCCGCCCCCGGUGGCGUUCUCCUCGAGCAGUUUGGUUUCACCGCGGCCCGCGUUGUAGAGGAAGCCCGUAAUCUGGUUAACGGCGGUUAA